ACAAAAGUGUAAUUCACACUCCGACCUGUGACAAGCAGCAAUACGCAACACAGCGUCUCGUCUGCUGGAAAAUCACACAAAGACGUGACCAAGAAGAAUUUCCAAGUUUGCGUUUUUAUUGUUGUUACUGAAACCUUUAUUAACACCCUGUAACUCAAAAUAUGACUAAUUUAACUGCACAGCGCCACAUAUUUACCCCAUGUAGUGUUUAAUUUGCGUUGGAGACAGGUUGAUACAUGUUAUCUAGGUAACGCUAGUUAGCUGCUAACGUUAGCUAACAAUGUCUAGCUGUAUGGUUUUUCACACUCAAAUAGCCUCCAUCAUGGAGGUGCUAGCGAAUGCAGCCGUGGCAGAAAUCUGUAAACUCGUAGACGACGACUAUGCAGUGUUUCGUUUGGAAAUAACUCAAAGCCAGAAAGAAAACAUGGCAUUGCGGAGGAAACUACUGGAAAUGAAAGUGGCACGGGAGCGCGCAGAGAGGACAACGCGAGAGCGCGGCCUCGCCAGUCGUCCCAGUAGUGUCAAGAUCCUCGAUCGAUACAGAGGAAUGGCAAGAGGUGAAGGACAUCUCACUGGAGGCCACAGGAGCUUUGUGAAGCCAGCGGGACACAAUACAUGGAGAGAUGACCAACCGAUCACUGUUGAUGAAGGGAGUGUAACCUCAACCCAGUACUUUAUUGGGAUCGAGUCUGCAGAUAAAGAGGCUGCAGGUCCUGGGGUCAAGCUGGAGAGGUUUGAAGGAGUGGAGGACCCACUGCACAACAGAGACAUCCAGUCUGGAGCGCCCCCUGUAGCCAAUGAGGACCCCACCACCACCCCAGUGCAGUCCAGGACACAAUGCCUCAUCACGGAGGAGGAGGAGGGUCCAGAGGUGCUGCUGGUGAAGGAGGAGGGUCUGGGGAAGCCUGAGGGGACCAUGGUCAUGGAGGACAACCAGACUACACCUCCUCCUGAACCCACAGAGGAACCAGCUGAGCAGCACAGGACCACACACAGUCUCACUGAGUCAGUAGACAUGGAGGAUGGGAAGCCUGAUCUGCUGCUGGUCAAAGAGGAGACAAUAGAAGACAGACCAGAGAGCAUUGACCUGCUGAGUGGACUAAAGAUGGGGGAGCAAGGUGGUUGGCUGGAGGAUAACAGAGGCGACUGGGAGGCCAUAUUGGAUUACCAUACGGGUGCAGCCAAGGGCCCAGGGGACAACAUCACCGAGCAAGCCGGGACCAAAGGCAACAUAGUGGAGUCUGCAGUCCAUGAGGACCUGCUGAUAUCCGGUGUUGCUGGCUGGAAAUACUGGACCUCUGAGGUGGCUGGUCACAAACCAUGGCCCCGGAUCAGAACCAUAGAUCAGGGGCCAUCACUCUUCCUUCCAGAGUCGGAACAAGGACCGAACCACGAGGGACAGAGACUCCACCACCACACAAAACACAACCAGUGGACAAGUGGACUGAACAACCUCAGUCCUGGUGGUCAUCAGAGAGAUAGAGGCUCCAGUCAGGGAUCCAGUCUGCAGCCCAGACCCUUCUCUUCACAGUCUCAGUGCAGGGAUGAAGCAGGGCCUGGGGCUGAUAGAGAUAGACCCUCCUGUUCCUAUGAUACAAACACCACAGUAUCCACAAUGAACAGAGCAGGUCACCCUGGGCUUCAGCCUUCACAGAGAGUGGUGGGAGACCCCCCUGGAGGUAGUCUAUCAGGAAAUCUGUCUUCUCCUUCAGAGUCUCCUCUAAUACCUGGUGACUGGGUUCAUAGAAAGCCUGGCCCUGGGUCUAGCCUUCCUCAGUUACCUCAUGGUUACCCCACUAAUACAGACAAGGUCAGGAUGGGCGUUCACCACAAGAGGUACCUAGCCUAUAACACAGCACACAAUCCCAACAACACCCAAACAAUGGCUAGAGGUCAAGGAGGGAGCUCAAAGACGAACCACCUGAGGGUGGUCGCUCCUGCUUCUACCUCCUCUGGUGUCAUUGGGUCACAACGUGGGAGGCCGAGCGUUAGGACAGACGCUGACAAGCUUUACGCCUGCUCUACAUGUGGGAAGCGCUUCGCUGAGGCAAACUAUGUGAAGGAGCACCAGACCGUUCACACCAAGGAGAGGCCCUUCAAGUGCAAACUAUGUUACAAGAGCUUCUCCUUCCGGAGUAGCCUUAUCAGACAUAGGAGUGUCCACAAUAUGGAGAAAUCGGAGCAGUGUGGCUAGAGAGGGCUCCCGAGUGGCGCAGCGGUCUAAAGCACUGCAUCUCAGUGCUAGAGGCAUCACUACAGACCCUGGUUUGAUUCCAGGCUCUAUCACAACCGGCCGUGAUUGGGAGGCCCAUACGGCGGCGCACAAUUGGCCGAGCGUCGUCCAGGUUAGGAUUUGGCCGGGGUAGGCAGUCAUUGUAAAUAAGAAUUUGUUCUUAACUGACUUGCCUAGUUAAAUCAAUAAAAAUGUGACGAUGUACACAGGGGACCAUACUUUAGCUAUCAUGUGAAGUGACCUGGAGUAAGAGCAGUGGCAUUCUGGAGGUGGGCAGAACGCCAGUGGGCAAUUAGUAUACUCACUUCUUAAUCCCCACGAUGCAUAUCAAAGUAGUGUAGUGGAGGUAUACCCUGUGUCAAUAAGGCUGAUGGAACAGAUCUAGAAUGUUUAUCUUACAAUGUUGCUGAACUAUUAUUUUGUCACAUUUUCGCAAUGUGCACACAGUGUUAGGCCUAUGCGCAAAUGAUUCAUUUGAUUUGAGAGGAAUGGAAGAUUUGAUAUAGGCCAAUAGUUUUUUAUAUUUUCUGGGUCACGGUUUGGCUUUUUCAAGAGAGGCUUUAUUACUGCCACUUUUCGUGAGUUUGGUACACAUCCGGUGGAUAGAGAGCCGUUUAUUAUGUUCAACAUAGGAGGGCUAAGCACAGGAAGCAGCUCUUUCAGUAGUUUAGUUGGAAUAGGGUCCAGUAUGCAGCUUGAAGGUUUAGAGGCCAUGAUUAUUUUCAUCAUUGUGUCAAGAGAUAUAGUACUAAAACACUUGAGUGUCUCUCUUGAUCCUAGGUCCUGGCAGAGUUGUGCAGACUGAGCUUUGGAGGAAUACGCAGAUUUAAAGAGGAGUCCGUAAUUUGCUUUCUAAUGAUCAUGAUAUUUUCCUCAAAGAAGUUCAUGAAUUUAUUACUGCUGAAGUGAAAGCCAUCCUCACUUGGGGAAUGCUGCUUUUUCAAAACAUUUUUUCGGAUUGUUCUUAUUUUCCUCAAUUAAAUUGGAAAAAUAGGAUGAUCGAGCAGCAGUGAGGGCUCUUCGAUACUCCACGGUACUGUCUUUCCAAGCUAGUCGGAAGACUUCCAGUUCGGUGUGGCGCCAUUUCCGUUCCAAUUUUCUGGAAGCUUGCUUCAGAGCUCGAGUAUUUUCUGUAUACCAGGGAGCUAGUUUCUUAUGACAAAUGUUUCUAGUUUUUAAGGGUGCAACUGCAUCUAGGUUAUUGCGUAAGGUUAAAUUGAGUUCCUCAGUUAGGUGGUUAACUGAUUUUUGCCCUCUGAUGUCCUUGGGUAGGCAGAGGGAGUCUGGAAGGGCAUCAAGGAAUCUUUGUGUUGUCUGAGAAUUUAUAGCACGACUUUUGAUGCUCCUUGGUUGGGGUCUGAGCAGAUUAUUUGUUGUGAUUGCAAACGUAAUAAAAUGGUUGCCCGAUAGUCCAGGAUUAUGAGGAAAAACAUUAAGAUCCACAACAUUUAUUCCAUGGGACAAAACUAGGUCCAGAGUAUGACUGUGACAGUGAGUAGGUCCAGAGACAUGUUGGACAAAACCCACUGAGUCGAUGAUGGCUCUGAAAGCCUUUUGGAGUGGGUCUGUGGACUUUUCCAUGUGAAUAUUAAAAUCACCAAAAAUGUGAAUAUUAUCUGCUGACUACAAGGUCCGAUAGGAAUUCAGGGAACUCAGUGAGGAACGCUGUAUAUGGCCCAGGAGGCCUGUAAAACAGUAGCUAUAAAAAAAAAAAGUGAUUGAGUAGGCUGCAUAGAUUUCACGACUAGAAGCUCCAAAGAUGAAAAUAAAUAAAUAAAUUGAAAUUGAAAUUUGCUAUCGUAAAUGUUAGCAACACCUCUGCGGGAUGCACGGGGGAUAUGGUCACUAGUGUAACCAGGUGGUGAGGCCUCAUUUAACACAGUAAAUUUAUCAGGCUUAAGCCAUGUUUCAGUCAGGCCAAUCACAUCAAGAUUAUGAUCAGUGAUUAGUUAAUUGACUAUAACUGCCUUUGAAGUGAGGGAUCUAACAUGAAGUAGCCCUAUUUUGAGAUGUGAGGUAUCACGAUCUCUUUCAAUAAUGGCAGGAAUGGAGGAGGUCUUUAUCCUAGUGAGAUUGCUAAAGCGAACACCGCCAUGUUUAGUUUUGCCCAACCUAAGUCGAAGCACAGACAGGUCUCAAUGGGGAUAGCUGAGCUGACUACACUGACUGUGCUAGUGGCAGACUCCACUAAACUGGCAGGCUGGCUAAUAGCCUGAUGCCUGGCCUACACCCUAUUUCA